AUGGACGCUAUACUAGAGAUCCUCGACCCGUAUGUCUUCGACCACGGAUACGCAUACUUGUUCCCCCAACAAACACAGCUGCAAUACGGCGCCAACUCAACGGGCUUCGCGACAUCCUCCAAGAACUUCGACGAUGAAUACUCUCUCAACUUUGGCUCAUCGCUGCCUCGCGACGAUAUUUACCGCCAAAGCGCUUCAAUUCUCAUGAUUGCUGGCUUCGGCGCCGCUUUUAUUUACGUUAUCUCCGCCGCCAUCUCAUAUUACUUUGUUUUUGACCGCCGUCUUGAACACCACCCUCGAUUCCUCAAGAACCAGAUCAGACAGGAGGUCCAGUCUAGUUUCUUCGCCAUUCCUAUUAUCGACCUUCUUACCCUGCCUUUCUUCCUUGGAGAGGUGCGCGGUCACAGUCUGCUGUACACGAAUAUCGACGAGUACGGCUGGUCGUGGUUGGCGAUUUCUACUGUUCUUUACAUGGUCUUUAAUGAUCUUGGUAUCUACUGGAUUCACCGUCUCGAGCACCACCCUAGCAUUUACAAGUACAUUCACAAGCCUCACCACAAGUGGAUUAUUCCUACUCCCUGGGCUGCCAUUGCUUUCCACCCCGUCGAUGGCUACGUCCAAUCGCUCCCUUACCAUGUCUUCGUCUACAUCUGCCCCAUGCAGAAGCACCUCUACAUGUUCCUCUUCGUCUGCGUUCAGGUCUGGACCAUCCUCAUCCACGACGGCGACAUGAUUACCGGCCACUGGCUCGAGAGGUUUAUCAACAGCCCCGCCCACCACACUCUUCACCACAUGUACUUCACCUGCAACUAUGGUCAGUACUUCACAUGGGCCGACAACUACUGGGACUCCCACCGAGCUCCCAUGCCCGAGCUGGAUCCCAUCCACGAGUCCAUUAGAGUCAUGAAGGAGAAGGGACUUGCGGACAAGGAUGGUAACCCCAUCAAGAAGUCCAAGAAUGAGUAA